AAAAAUAAACGUAGAAUAUGAAAUCAAUAAUUACAAAUAUUUUUAUUAUUGUUCAAAAAUGUACUAAAGUAACCUGAAUAGUGUUUGAUGGUCUUUCCUGUUUCGGAUUCGACUCAAGAAGACAUAUCUGCGAUCACUUUCCCUUUUAUUAAAUACUGAAGUUUCAAAGCAAAGUUUAGGGAGAUAGGGAAGGCAUUGAGAUGUCGAGUUUCCAUGUGGGAGGGAAGGUGGUGGACAAAGUUGACUUGUUGAGGAAGAAGCAUUGGGCUUGGCGUUUGGAUGUUUGGCCAUUUGCUAUCCUCUAUGCUAUUUGGAUGACUACUAUUGUUCCCAGCAUUGAUUUUGUUGAUGCUGCCAUUGUUUUUGGUGGGCUUGUUGCCUUUCAUAUUCUUGUGUUUCUUUUCACGGUCUGGUCUGUUGAUUUUAGAUGCUUUGCCCACUUUAGUAAGGUUUAUGAGAUUCACCUUGCUGAUGCAUGCAAAAUAACUCCAGCAAAAUUUUGCGGUUCAAAAGAAGUUGUGCCACUUCAGUUUCGUAAACAAAUGACAAGCUCUUCAGCAACAGUGGACUUAGAAGAAAUUUUCUUUGAUUUUAGAAAGCAGUGCUUCAUUUUUUCUAAAGAGAAAGAGAACUUUAGCAAGCUUCCUUACCCAACUAAAGAAACAUUUGGAUAUUAUCUCAAAUGUACAGGUCAUGGUUCUGAAGCUAAGGUUGCUGCCGCCAUGGAAAAGUGGGGACGGAAUGUAUUUGAAUAUCCACAACCUACAUUCCAGAAAUUAAUGAAAGAGAACUGCAUGGAACCGUUUUUUGUGUUCCAAGUUUUCUGUGUUGGUCUCUGGUGUUUAGAUGAAUAUUGGUAUUACAGUUUCUUCACCCUCUUUAUGCUGUUCAUGUUUGAGUCAACAAUGGCGAAAAGUCGGUUAAAGACUCUAACUGAAUUAAGACGUGUUAGAGUUGAUACCCAGACACUCAUGGUGCAUCGUUGUGGAAAGUGGGUUAAGCUCUCGGGCACUGACCUAUUGCCUGGUGAUGUCGUCUCCAUUGGGCGCUCUUCUGGUCAGAGUGGUGAAGAUAAGUCUGUACCAGCAGACAUGCUUUUAUUAGCUGGAAGUGCUAUUGUAAAUGAAGCCAUUCUCACAGGCGAGUCUACUCCCCAGUGGAAGGUUUCAAUCACGGGCAGGGGAACUGAAGAGAAAUUAUCAGCUAGACGAGAUAAAAACCAUGUUUUAUAUGGUGGUACUAAGAUAUUGCAGCACACGCCUGAUAAGACCUUUCCUCUGAAAACCCCUGAUGGUGGUGCUUUGGCUGUUGUGCUGCGAACUGGAUUUGAAACAAGUCAGGGAAAACUAAUGAGAACAAUAUUGUUUUCUGCAGAGAGGGUUACUGCUAACAGCUGGGAAAGUGGACUGUUUAUUUUAUUUUUAGUUGUAUUUGCGGUUAUAGCUGCUGGUUAUGUUCUUGUAAAGGGGCUAGAGGAUCCCACUAGAAGCAAGUAUAAGCUUUUCCUAAGCUGUUCACUUAUUAUUACAUCUGUGAUCCCUCCUGAGCUACCUAUGGAAUUAUCAAUUGCUGUUAAUACAUCACUGAUUGCACUGGCACGUCGGGGAAUAUUUUGCACAGAACCUUUUCGAAUUCCAUUUGCUGGAAAGGUUGACAUAUGUUGUUUUGAUAAAACUGGAACACUUACAUCAGAUGACAUGGAGUUCUCUGGGGUUGGAUUGCCUGGCAAUACAGAGUUGGAAGCUGACAUGACUAAAGUUCCUGUCCGUGCAAUGGAGAUUUUGGCUUCUUGUCACGCCUUGGUGUUCGUAGACAACAAGCUGGUUGGUGAUCCUCUUGAAAAGGCUGCACUUAAAGGUAUUGAUUGGAGUUAUAAAUCAGAUGAGAAGGCCAUGCCAAAAAAGGGAGUUGGGCUUGCUGUCCAAAUUGUUCAGCGACACCAUUUUGCAUCCCACUUAAAACGAAUGGCAGUUGUUGUUCGCAUACAAGAUGAAUUUUUGGCUUUUGUGAAGGGUGCACCUGAAACCAUCCAGGAUAGACUCACAGAUUUGCCACAAUCAUAUAUUGAAACCUACAAGAAGUAUACACGUCAGGGGUCCCGUGUUCUGGCCCUUGCUUUUAAGCCCCUUCCUGACAUGACAGUUAGUGAAGCAAGAAGCUUGGAUAGAGAUUUGGUGGAGAGUGGCCUUACUUUUGCUGGUUUUGCGGUAUUUAAUUGCCCUAUUAGAGCAGAUUCAGCCACCAUUUUGUCUGAGCUAAAGAAUUCAUCCCAUGACUUGGUGAUGAUUACUGGUGACCAAGCAUUGACAGCUUGCUAUGUUGCUAGCCAAGUACAUAUUGUUUCAAAGCCACCACUAAUUCUUAGUCCCACAAAAAAUGGUAGAGGAUAUGAAUGGGUAUCACCUGAUGAAACAGAGAUGAUUCAAUAUAGUGAGAAAGAGGUUGAAGCCUUAUCUGAGAUUCAUGAUCUCUGUAUUGGUGGUGAUUGCAUUGAAAUGUUACAACAGACUUCUGCUGUUCUACAAGUCAUUCCUUACGUGAAGGUUUUUGCAAGAGUUGCUCCUGAGCAAAAAGAACUAAUCAUGACUACUUUUAAAACGGUGGGAAGGAUGACAUUAAUGUGUGGGGAUGGUACAAAUGAUGUUGGAGCUCUGAAGCAGGCACAUGUGGGAGUUGCUUUGUUGAAUGCUGUGCCUCCAACUCAAAACAAAGGCUUAUCAUUGGAAACAUCUAAAGUUGAAAACACAAAGUCAGGUAAAUCAAAGAAAUCUAAGUCUUUAUCAGAAGCUGCCGGCAACUCUACCAGUCAGAAUGGAGAAGGCUCUUCUGCCAACCAAACUGGUGGUAACCGCCAUCAGACAGCUGUUGAAAUGCAACGAAAGAAAUUGAAGAAGCUAAUGGAUGAGAUGAAUGAGGAGGGUGAUGGUCGUUCUGCUCCAAUUGUCAAGCUUGGUGAUGCCUCUAUGGCAUCACCAUUUACAGCAAAGCAUGCAUCAGUUGCUCCAACAACAGACAUAAUUCGUCAGGGACGUAGUACUCUUGUGACAACCCUUCAGAUGUUUAAAAUACUCGGCCUAAAUUGCCUUGCUACAGCAUAUGUGUUGAGUGUUAUGUAUUUGGAUGGUGUCAAGCUCGGUGAUGUCCAGGCUACGAUCAGCGGUGUCUUUACAGCUGCUUUUUUCCUAUUCAUAUCACAUGCCCGCCCUCUUCCUACUCUGUCAGCUGCUCGGCCCCAUCCUAAUAUUUUCUGCCUAUAUGUCUUCCUUUCUCUGAUGGGACAAUUUGCAAUGCACUUGCUUUUCCUCAUUUCUUCUGUGAAGGAGGCAGAGAAGUACAUGCCGGAUGAAUGCAUUGAACCAGACUCAGAUUUUCAUCCCAAUCUUGUGAAUACAGUUUCAUACAUGGUGAGCAUGAUGCUCCAAGUGGCCACCUUUGCUGUGAACUACAUGGGCCGUCCUUUUAACCAGAGCAUAUCCGAAAACAAACCAUUUUUGUAUGCCCUGAUUGCGUCCGUUGGUUUCUUUACAGCAAUUGCAUCUGAUCUAUUCAGGGACUUGAAUGACUGGUUGAAGUUGGUGCCUUUGCCUCGGGUAUUAAGGGAUAAACUACUGAUUUGGGCCUUUUUCAUGUUUUUGAGCUGUUAUUCAUGGGAGAAAAUUUUGAGGUGGGCAUUCCCAGGUAGAGUUCCAGCUUGGAAAAAACGCCAACUUGUGAUUGCAGCCAAUGUGGAAAAGAAACGUGGUUGAGCAACCACGAACUUAUAUGUUGCAUUUUGGGGUGUGUGGAGUAGUCUGGUAGAGGGUAUGAUAAAUUUGUGUUGAUGUGAGUAAAUCUACAUCGCCAGAGUACUAACAGAGGACAUUUAUAGCUUCAGUCGCGUGGGUUAUUUAAUGGUUGUCAGAUUUACUACUGGGUUCUGGCCCUUCAUUUUCUUGCAAUUUUGCCGUUGAAGACCAACGAAAUGUUUUAGGAAUUUCGGCACCUAAAUCUGGUGAUUACAAGUUUAUUUAAUACAGGAAACUUUGUUUUUGAACUUAAA